AUGCUUUGUGCUUGCUUGGACACUAAUCAGCCGGUCUGCGAUUCGACACUUUUGAAUUUAGAUACCAAUGACCUUACUCUCUUUCGCAAUGAGCUAAAAAAUAUCAGCUGUUCGAAGUUGCCAAAGCCAUUAAAGCUGGGUGUACCUGUCGAAUAUCAUGCUCCAGGUCUUUCCAAUGAGAUUUUAGAUGUGUGGGAAAGAGUCUGUUGUUGGUGUGCCGAUCGCUUAAGCCUUGAAAUUAGAAAAGUCAGUAUUCCACACAUGAGAUUCGCUUGCGCCACUUAUGCUGUUUUAUGUUCCACUGAAGUCGCUUCUAAUAUGUCCCGAUAUGACGGCUUGGAGUUUGGAUAUCGCGCUAGACCACAGAUCAUGGAUGAACAAGCCAACUCUGAAUUCGGUUCAACCGAAGAGCUUUUCGCCGCUUCUCGAUCUGCGAGCUUAGGCGAGGUUGUUCGGAGUCGAAUUCUCGCCGGAAACUACUUUAUGCUUACAAAAAAUCAAAUGAACUACCUCGAUGCAGCCAGAAAAAUGUGGCGCUUAAUAUGCUCUGAAUUUAACGAUGUUCUAUCGGAUCAAGUUGAUUUUCUCUUAGCUCCUGUUCAUCUCACUACUGCAUCUACGAUCCUAGAUUUCUCUCUUCUCGAUAAUCGGACAAGGAGUUCUCGCGAUGAUGUCUUAACCUCCCCAGUUAAUCUGGCUGGACUUCCCGCAGUUACGAUACCAGUAGCUACUUCAAAGGAAACUGGCCUUCCCAUUGGUUUACAGUUGAUAGGUCCAGCUUUAUCUGAACCAAAACUUUUGAGUCUGGCUCUUUGUAUUGAGAGGAUGGCUCGCUUCAAGCAUUUGGUUGACCUUAGUGAGAUUUUGAAUGCUGAUUGA